AUGGCUGAGUUGCGGACCAUGGUGGCCGACCUCAUGGAGCGGCAACGCAGCUCGGCCCCUGCCCCUCCUCCGCCUGAAGCGGAAGAAAACCAGAAAGCUGAGGAGCAGAGACGGCAGCUCCUAAUACUCGAGGCAAGAAGUUCAACCGUCGAGCGCGCAAGACCGCCCCUUGCUCACGAGGCGGAAAACGAGGCCCCUAUACCGGCACCCCGCAGGAUUGUGGCCGCAAAAACUUAUAGCGGCCCCAAGAAGUCAGCCACACCUGCGAAGAUUCCCGCUGCGACUGCCUCCACGUCUGCAGCUGCGAGGGCUUCGAAACCAGCCCCCGCAAAGAAACCGACGUCCGCUCCUGCCCCGCGUACAGAAGAUUUAGGUUUUAAGAAACUAGAGGAAGCUCAAAAAGAAUAUAGUAAAUUGGAGUGUUGA